UGAAAAGGCUCUCAAAGUUAUUCUGGAUGUGCACUAGCAUAUCCAGAUCAAAAGCCAUUCCAAACUUUCUACUUCUAAUGAAAGCUUUUACAAUACAAUACAAAUAUAGCUCAUUCAGAAGCUAUUUCAGCAUUUCUUACACCACCAAAACUAACCAUUGGCCUUAAAACCAAAAAUCCUAGGCUAUACAUCUGGCACCUUUACCACAUGAGAACCUAGCAUCACAUGAAUGAUCUUUUGGUCAAGGCCCAGUUGCCAAACCUAGAUUCUGGAAAGAUGGGGCAUAAUAUCCUUCCUUAUUCCUACUGCCACAACCUAUCUUCUAUUCCAUCGUGUCCAAACCUGCUGGUCUAUUCAGCAGCCCUAUUUUAGACUCAAGUGUUAACGCCCAGCUAGGAUUAUUAAGGAAUCGAUAGGGUGUUAAGCUGUAUUAUCAUAAUUAAGUUUUAAGAGAUUUGUGUGGGCGUUUAGAGACACAAUUAGACAUUUUUGCCAUUUUUAGGCCAUCUUUGGGAACUCAAACGCGGUUUGUACCUCUUAUGGUGCAGAUAGAGGUUGGGUUUAGAUAUAGAUGGAAAGAUAGAGGAGUGGGAUAGAUCUU